UCGGCGGUUCGACUCCUGCCGCUCACCGCCUGCCGCCCUUUGUAAUUUUCCUGUGAUCUACAGGCGUUAUGAAAAUUCAUUGAUCGCCCCCGAUCCUCUUGACAUGUGCAUUAUUUGUCCCGUUAACUGACACUGCAGAAAAAUUGGCCCUGUUAAUGCAAUGUAUUUAAUGAAGAGCAUAUACGUUUGUUUUGAUGGAUAAUUCGUAUACUGAAAAUCCUCGACUUUGAUUGAAUUUUUGAUUCAGACGGUGCACUUAAAUUAUUGUAAAUGGAGAUGGUGUUUGUGAUGAUUUUGUUGAUUUGUAGCAGGGGCGGUGGAUUAUUAGUAGACUUUGGGUUCAUUACUUAAUUGCCCAAUUUAUAGCUUCUGUUUUUUUCCUCUUUGAAGGGCAUUGAAUUUAUAGGUCAUUGUAUGACAUUGGAUUAUCACUGUUCAGAACAUGCAUUGUACUCUUGUGAAGCAGAUAAGAGUUAAGUAUGCUGUGCUUUCAGUUCAGUAGGAUUUCUGCACCAGCAGCCGCCUCCAUUGCUGUUCGCUUGACAUUUUCGCUUCUCUUCCUUGCAUUUUUUGUACGCUCUGCGCGUUUGCUUGUUCACCCAAUAGAUUGCUUGAAGUCAGGAUGUCAACCCCAAGAGUUACUUCUUGCAAUGCCUCAGGUAACAAUAGAGAAGAAGAAAUUGAGCCAGAGGCCACUAAUGGCAGUGCCAAAGCAUCUCUGCAAUUUGGCAGGAAGUAAGGGUUGCAGAAUUGGAAGCAUGCAGCUGUUGCAUGAGGUUCCCUCGGGUCCCAAUCCCAUUAGCCAGGAAUAUCCCACCAGUUUUCAUAUAAUCAAGUCCAGACCACCUCACCCAUAACUAUAUCAGAUCCUCUAACAUGUAGAUAAAUUAUAUCAUACUCUUAUCUUAUACAGUUUAAUUUUAAGAAUUCCAAGUGACCUCAUUAGACUACCAGUCCUCCACCAACUUGGAGAUGCAGGCUUCAAUAAUAUCCAUAAAUCUUGCAUGGCUGCAUAACCUCAGUGUUUGUCUGUCAUGCAAAAUUGCAAGAGCAAAUGCAGCCACUUAGAAACUGUAAAUAUUAUCAUUAUUUAUUAAUGUAUAGUCCUUGCCUUUCUCAGAAAAUAACAGUGGAAAGAGGAAUGGAAAUGCAAAUAUAAUUCAUAUUUCAGUUAUCA